AUGUCCGAUGAGGCCGUUCAGGUCACAGUGAGGAUCCGGCCGUUCCUCCCACGGGAGAGGGGGCAACGGCAGAUCGUCAAUGUACAAAGCUCCAAUGUUCUAAAGCUCAAGGUGCUCACCACUCAGCUCACUGGGCCCCCACAGGAGGAGGACAAAGUUUUCUCCUUCGACCAUUGCUUGUCUUCGGUCAAGCCGAACGACGCAAGGAGGGAUGAGCCACACGCACCUCCGGUUACGCAGGAGCAGGUCUACGAGGUCAUUGGCCAGAACUUGCUGGAAAAUGCUCUCGAAGGUUUUAACUCCUGCCUCUUUGCGUACGGCCAGACCGGGAGUGGGAAGACCUACACCGUUCUUGGGCACGAAAGAGAUCCAGGUAUCAUCCCAAGGCUGUGCUUGAACCUCUUCUCCCAGGAGUACGACGAGUUGCGCGUUUCGGCUUCUUUUCUGGAAAUCUACAAUGAGCAGCUGAAGGACUGA